CAGUAACAGUGGAAGUGCGAUCUAGUGUGUAUAAGGCGGGGAUUGUCAUGGGAAAUGAAGUUUAAUUGAACUUUUACACAAGUAAUGACUAUAACCGAUUAAAUUUUACGUAGAAAGUGGUAAAAUGAGUCAAGUGGCUACUUACAGAGACAAGAGACAAGUGGUGGCAAAACCGUACGCCCCUGGAGGCUGCCCUAUACAUGUCGGUAAACAGAAAUGCGGUGAAACGCAAGGGCUGGAUAUCAUUAUGGAUUUUCACAAAUUGUAUCAGGAGAAGAUGAAUGAGAUAGAUGUUAGCGCUGGGGGAGAUAGUUUGCAGGAGAAAGUGGAUCUUCAAGAACAGUGGAUUAACGACCUCACCGAACAGAACAAAUUACUUGCUAAGGUGAUCGAAGAACUGGAAUCAGAGACCAUUGGAAGGGUUCAACAAUUGGAGGAUAAACUGAACAAUGCUGUUAAAUCUCUGGGAGAGGAGGAUGGUAGACCAUUGGCAGAGAAAAAAAAAAAACCAGAAGAACUUCAACAAGAUUCGAAAGCUGUACCACCAGCAGAGGAUGAACUUAAGAAGAAAAACGAAGAAAAUGAUCAACUGAAACAGUCUGAAAUCCUUUCGGAAGAAGAGAUCCAGAAUCAUUCCAUGUCCAAAAUAGGUUCUGGUGAGGUGGAGCAGAAAGACGAGACGAAGCAGGUCAUACUUCCGGAUGUAGAAGUCUUGAAGCAGCCUGAAGAAAUCUCUGCUCUAUCCGGACUCUCAUCCAAAAACCUCUCCUUGAAUACCGAGGCAGACGAAGAGUUGCCCGAUCAGAUGCAGGUCAAGGAUAAGGUCACGUCCAAGGUGUCGUCCAAGAGCGUGCAUUUGAUCAUCGAAAACGGAAAGGAGGAGUCGCAAAUUGUUGAACCGGAAAAGGACCUGACGAUUGACUCUGAGUUGGGCACACCGCCUUCCUUAGAAUCGCUGCCUGUUUACGCUACCACCGAUUCUGUGGAACUCCUGAAGAAAUCUCCCCAAGUAUCUCAGCACAAAUUGAAAGAUAACGCCUGCAUUUGCGAAGACAAGGACUACUGGGAUGAGUUGGAUAAACUGAAAGAAGAGAAUAAAAUGCUGCGAGAAGGUGGCGAACUCCAAAAGUUGAAACAAGAGGUCGAGGAAAAAAUGAGAAGAAUCCUAGAAUUGAACGAAGAGAACCGAACACUGAAUGACAUGAUCAAUAUGCUUCGAACUAAUCAAAGUUCGAAGAAGCAAAAAGAACCACCGAGCGACUCGGAACCCAUGAGCUCAGACUCCGACUACUGCACGGGAAUCUGCGAACUUCUCAGGUCGCCAAACAAAACUCCAUCAUCGAAACGAAGGGCUUCUUGCAGAGAAAAAUGCAGCUAUCAACACAAGGAACCCCCAGAUCCUAGCCAGACGAGAAAACUGUGCGUAUGUCGAGAAGACCCAGAAAGGGGGAACGAUUCUCCCCCUUUCAUCGACGUCUACAAGCGGGAAGACAAGGGCAAGUUCAUCUCCGAUUCGAGCAGCACGGUGUGCAACGAAGAAGUGUGCCCCUGCCUGAACAAUUUCGCGCCAUACUAUAACCAGCACCGGGCCAGGGGGGGAAACGACACCAACAACCCUUGCCCGGCAGGCACCUUCCCCAACUUCCAGUACAACGAAAUACUCGAUGAAUGUCAAGAUUCCAACUGUCCGAACAAGGAUAGCUUCCUGGUCACUCAGGCAAUCGACACCGAUGCAGUAAAUUGCGGGGCUAACGAGUUUGCCCUUGUGUGCGGGAAUAAAUCCUGCCACACCCAGGGAUGCGAGUCGUUUCAAGGAGACCUUGGACCUCCAAUGGCUCAAUGCGACAUAGGCAGCUGUUUGAAUACCACUUGCGGGGGAGAAGAACGACUGAUUGACGUCAAAGAAUUCUGCGCCGGAUGUGAAGAUACCACGUGUCCUAAUAAAGAUUAUUAUCCACCAUCGACACAGGCGUACGGACAGCUGAGUAGUGGGCAAAAUUACGUGGAUCAGGGACAAUUAGUUGAUUUUCCCAUAACUUGUACCGACGAUACUUGUCAAGUAAUGGAGUGUCCGUCGAAAUUUGGUAAUACUCUCGAGCCACCAAGUCAAAGUUAUGCUCCAGCUGGUAGUUUCCCUAUCACGUGCGAUGAUAACAGUUGUCAAGUGGCUGAAUGUUCUGCCAAAUCCGGUCCUAUGGUGCCGCCAGAGUCUUCAUACAUAUCGCAAGGAUAUAAAGAAGUUUCCCAGUACGGCACUCAGGCGGAUUUCCCAACAGACUGUCCCUGCGUGACAUCGGGUCAGAUGGACCCCAACUGUCCCUGUAUGAUGAUAGAUGGUGGUGCCAACGUGAACAUACCCAUCCAGAAUGCGUUUGCUCCGCAAGGUUUGCCGAGGACACCUAGUAUCUGCAUCUGUGGCAUGCCGGAUGAAUGUCAGAUGGAUGCCCCACCAAGUGGAAUGCCUAUCGACCAGCAGACAUCUAGCUUCGCACGGCCACCAACCAAAACCUUCGAUGGAAAGUGUCCAAGAGGUAUUUGCGAUAUUUGCGCAUGUAUACAGAUCCCUUCAACCGACGGUGUACCACAUUCUGGAGUUCCUCCGCCAGCUAUCUUCUAUGGUGCCCAAUCUACAGGAGGUGCAGGUGGGAGAUGUUCGAGAGAGAUCUGCGACACGUGUGCCUGCAUAAGGUAUCCAGGCGUUGUUCAGGGUGGCGAACCAAGGCCGUUUCCACCGUCAGCUGGUCCUCCCGGUUACGGUGGAGCUAAGCCGCCGAGUGAUGUGGAUAACGAAGGGUUCUGUGCCAUAUGUGGGUGUGAGUUGACCGCCAGUGACAUGGGAGUUAACGCUGCGCCCGGUUCUAUUCAGGGUACGGCUCCAAGAAUGGCUCAGACCCCCAUGGGGGUUCAAAGACCACCUGGCGCAGCGGAUGAAUGCUUAUGUGUACAACAACAACCAUGUAUUUGUGUCGAAACCGAGAAGCCGAUGGCACCUCAAACAGCAACCUACACAACACCAACAGGAGUUUCAGCAGGAACCACGGGCGCACUAGAACCUCUAACCACAGUACCCUGUCCGGACGAAGUUUGUCCAGAGCCUUGCACCUGCAAGGUGGUUCCAAGCGAACCAUAUUUCGAUCCCGAUGAGCCAAAACCUACGCCCACAAACGUAACCCCAGUCAGCAGAGGUGGAGGUGGCGGCGAGUGUGAUCCUUGCGAUCCCUGCGUUUGUGAAGAGGACGAAGGGAUGAAGGGACAGAGCAAGCCUUCUCCUGUCAGCGGUGUUGCGCCAGUAACCGAAAAUAUAUGCCCGGAUGAGAUUUGCGAGAGACCUUGCACUUGUAAAGUUGUACAAAGCGAGGAAUACAUCGAUUCCGACACCGAUAUCAGAAAACGACAGAUAACAAGUGGAGGAGGUAUGGGUGAGAAACCUUCAGGUGUAGUUCCAUCGGAAGUUUGCUCAAUGGUUUGCCCAGCAGCGAUAGCAAACCCCUCACUUCAGGUUGCUGAGAAAACUUCGGUGGCGUGUAGUGCCGUGUGUUCGGAAGCGAUUGAUCGGGGAGUACCUGACAAACCCCCCGAGGUGUGCUCUGUUGUUUGUCAAGCAGCCAUCGAGAACCCUUCACUUCAGAUCACCGAUAAGGCUUCGGUGGCAUGUAGUGCUAUAUGUUCUGAAGCCAUCGGAGAUAAACCGUCUGUUCACGUAGGCGAAAAGCCUAUCGGCCAACCACCCAGUUCUACCACGGAUGGCGUGUGUGGCGAUAGCACAUGCGCCAGAAGGUAUCCUAAGGGUGGAUCUGCAGGAGCGUCCGUCCCACAAUCCACAUCCAGACCCCCACCGCCUGCUGGUGAUGAUAGGAUGAUCAUACGUUGCAUUUGCAAGUCGAAAUUCUGCAAGGUGAUUCCAGAUCCCGACAACCCUAAUCAAAAACUCUGCGUUGAUGCUUCCGAUACGAAUACGAAUCGUAGAGGUAGCUCCUGCGUGUGCCAACCGGAUUGUCCGGAGAUGGGUAACACAGGAGAGACUUGCAGUCAAGGCCAGUCUCCGUAUCCGAAACAAGCUCAGGUGAUGACAGUCAAUCAGCUGUACAAGAUGCCCAAGACGCCGGAAAGUCUAAGCAAAGAACAGGAAUACGCAGGGUUGUCUCGUAAAGAUAGCUUCACCAGAACGGUCGGGUAUAUUGCACCUAGAAAGGCAUCCAGCAGAUACGGUAUUCAAGAUGAUGACGAGGAUUUCAAAGUUAACGACGAAAUGAAGAAUGCAGACUUGAAACUGGUGAUUGCUAAUCUGAAGAGCAAGCUCUUGGAUGCGGAAGAUAAAAUUGAAGAAUUGAAAACAGGCAAAAAUUAUAGUGAUAAGGAUAAUGAUACCGCUUUGAUAAGCAGAUAUUCUGAAGAGAUAAACGAGAUGAAAAAGUCGCUGAAAUGGACAAAAAAGGAAAGAGAAGAGUACGAGUAUUUGAAGCAAAGAGUGAAACUCUUGGAACAGGGUAAAGGAGAUACCGAACAUAUCACGUCUAAUCUACAAACGGCAGUCGAUCUGUAUGUAGACACCAUAGAGCUUCUGGAAUCGUCUGAGCGAAAACUCAAAACUGAGAUUGAACAAUACAGAGGAGUGAAUGAGACCCUCCAUGAAAAUAUUUUAAGCAUGAGGGAAGAAAUAGAGAACAUGAAAGAAGCUUUUCAACAAGAGAUGGAUGACCAGAAGUGGACCAAUUUCGUUUUGCAUAUAGAAAAUGUUGAUGUACAACAGACCAACCAAAUGUAUUCGGAGCAGAUUCAAAAGUACCAAAAUUUAUAUCAACAACUGAUGGAACUCAAUUACGAACUAGAAAUGGAACACGUGAACAAUUUACAAGAUCUCGCAAUAAUGGAAUCCCAUUUCAAUAAGUAUCAAUCCAUUUUCAAGAUACAAGAGGAGGAAAAGAUUGUGAUCAGGAAUCAGCUGAGAAAGUUGACAAAAAAGAACAAAUGUUACGAAGAGGUUGUGAAAUUUUUCAAAGAUGAAAUGUCUGUUAUGUCUGAUGAGCUACUGACACUUCAGGAAGUUCUUAACGUUACCAAUGUCAGCUCCCAGGAAGAGAACAACAAACUGAUAGGAGCCAUUCUACAACUGAGAAGGAUUAACGACCGCUUGGUGGGACAUUUAUGCGCAAUCGAGAAGCAGGCAAUCCUAGAGAGCCAAAUCAACCAGAUCAACGAAGCCAGAAUCAACGAACUCCAGAACAUAAUCAGCGCCAAGAACAACGAUCUCACCCAACACGAUGACAUCAUACAAGAUAUGCGCAGAAAACUGAACAACGCUACAAAGCAGAACGUGGACCUCAAAAAGACCAUCAAGAAUUUAACAGAUACCGUGGUAGAGAUACAAGAGGGUAUCAAGUCCGUUGAAAGGGAACAGAUGAAGAAUUUGAGUGACGUAUCCGUGGUGGAGUCCAAGGUUUGUUUAGCCAGCGGAGAUUUAGAAGCGAUCAAGACUUGUAUGGAGCAGAAGAAUAACAGAAUUGUAGAGCUGGAGAACCAACUGAAGAGCCAAGAGGUCGAACUCAUUCUGGCCACUAAAGAGCUGGGCGUGUUGAAGGAGAAAAAGACCGAUAGCAAGGAACUGAUAAAUUCCCUGAAAGAACAACUUUCGAUAGCAGAGAAGAAAAACGAGCAAGUUAUAGGGGACUAUCAGAUGGUUGUGAAAAAACUUCAAGACUAUUCAAGUCUCGAGCACAUGAAGAAUUAUGAACUGAAUCAUUAUAAAUCCCUUGUCGAAGAAAUGAAAAUGAGCCUGAUACAAUUGAACAAUGGACUGGAGAAGUGUGAAGCGUCAAACAUUCACUUCUACGAAGACCUGAGGAAUUCAGAUCACCUUCGAGGACGUCUACAACACAGGAAGAAUAAUUUACCAAUUGUUUUCGACGAAUUGAAGAAAUCGAUGGCCGAUUUGAAGAGGAGGCUUUCAGAAGCCGAUUUCAAAGGUGGACUUAUAGAAGAAGAACUCCUCAAAGUGAAAGAAUCACACAUGUCCCAGAUUCCAGAAGAAAUAACAGAUACGCAGAAAGAAUUGGAAGCCAAGAUCAUAUCCUCCAUAGAAGAACAAAGUAGGCUCAAUCAGCUGGUAGAAGACCAGAAAGAAGAGAUACAAAGAUUAGAACGGGAGUUAGAGAAGGAAAGGGCAGAUAUAUGUUGCUGCAAACGCAGCGUCAGUGAGCUGAAGAACGAAAAAACAACGUCCAAUGCAGAAAUGGAGAUAUCUCAGCUGAAAUGCGAGCUGAACAAGUCCCUUCACAGGCAGAGGCUGCUUAAUGAAGAAAAUGACCAAAUACACACCCAAACGAUCAAUCUCAGGAAGAAACUAAGCGUGUUGGAACAGGCAUACGACGUGUUGAAACAAGAGAACGAAGACUACAAGUCGCAACUCAAGCGGACCAUCAGGGAGAAAGAGUACUUGACCCAUAAGAACCACGACCUGGCUAGGACCAUUGAGCAGAUGAGAAACACCCACGAACAGCUGGAGAAACAGUGCAGGUACAACAGUGAUCGCGUACAAACUCUCGAGUUGGAACUUUCCGAAACCAAGACCGAGAAUGAAAACGUGUGUUCUGAGGCGCAAAACUUAGCUCGGGUGGUGAGGAUGUGGCUUCGCGAACAGAACGUUGUUAACGACAAGAUACGUGGAAAGUUUAAGGGUUAUAAUGAAACGAUAGCUUCCUUAAGAACGAUGAUGAGGAAAAUGUCAGAAGAAAAAAGCUGGAUCAAGAUGCCGAUGCAACAGCCAUUCUCCCCGAGACGUUACGGUACCGUAGGUCAACUAGAAAGACGUGCAGUAUCGCCAGCCAGAACUAGAAAGUUGGAGAGGCACACCGCAGACGCCAGAUACAGAUCUUCAAGCCCUCGGCACGAGAUGAACGCCUUCCUAAACGACGAAUACCUUCCGGAAGACUCGAACAGCCACAGGAGCAAUAUCGUGAGGAACAUCUCGUACGAUUCCAAUUCAUCGCCGUACACCAGCAGAAGUCCUUCACCCAGAAGUAAUUCCAUACGCGCGGAAGAUGACGAGUUGGACGAACUGAAUUUGAACGAUUGGUUUUCGCCUAAUUAUAAGGAGACAGAUACAGAUGCGGAUGAGGGAGAAGAAGAGAACUUCAUCAACAAAGUUCAGUUGAUGACCGCUCAAGUGCAAGAGGCGAAUAAGAGGUGGCAGAAAAAAAUGAAGAAGGAACACGUGUCCAAGUCUCGUGCCAGUAACAAGUAAAGUUUGAAAUUGUGUUUUAAAUUAUUUACAAGUGUACUCAAUUCAAAUGUAUUUUUGUACCUAUGUGCCUUUUAAAUAAAAAGUUUACCGUG